UCUCCUGGGGCCGAGGCUCCCCGGAUGGGGCAGGCCAGACCCCUGGGGUCUGGCGGUAGGUAGUGAGCUGAUUCAGGUCUCAGUUUCCCCUUUCCUGGGCAGGACUCCCAGCCCGCGCCACCUUGCCGGGCCGGCCCCACCGGCUGGGGAAGCUGGUUGUUGAUACGCACGCGCCUCCUCUUUUUCAAAGAAGGGGGGACAUGGAGGUCUGAUCCGAGCCGGUGGGGGCUGCCUCGGGGCUCCCCCACUACCACCACUCUCCUCAACAUGCAGCCCACGGCCACCAUGGCUACGGCCGCCGCCGCCGCCACCACCACCGCCACGGUCGCCCUGACCACGACGUGGGACAACGCCACGGAUCGCCCCACAGCAGAGCCCGACCCGGUCCUGGACAACUAUCUGCUCCUGAUGGUGGUGAUGGCGCUCUUUGUCGGGGGUGCCCUCGUGGUGCUGUCGGGUGCACUGCUGCUCUGCAGGCGCUGCUGGGAGGUGCACCGACGCCUCCACAGAGCCCCAGAGGAAGCAGAGAAGACCACCACCACCUACCUGGACAACGGUGCCCACCCUGCCCAAGACCCUGAGUUCAGGGGGGAGGAUCCGGAGGGUCAGGACACCGAGACCCAGCGCUUCUUGUCCACCAGCUCCACCGGCCGCCGGGUGUCCUUCAAUGAAGCAGCCCUGUUUGAGCAGAGUAGGAAGGCGCAGGACAAGGGCCGCCGGUACACCCUGACGGAGGGGGACUUCCACCACCUGAAGAAUGCCCGCCUCACCCACCUGCACCUGCCGCCCCUCAAGAUCGUCACCAUUCAUGAGUGCGACUCCGGCGAGGCCAGUGCAACUGCCACACCACACCCCACAGUUGCCCCCAAGGCCAGCCUUGCCAUAUUCCAGCCCCCGGGGAAGGCCCUCACCGGCCGCUCCGUGGGCCCUAGCUCCGCCCUGCCAGGUGACCCCUACAACUCGGCCGUGGGCCCUGCCAACUUCAGGAUCAGCCCCUCGGCCUCCAGUGACUCCGGGGAAGGCAGCUCGCUGGACACUGGGGCCAGGAGCGCCAAGCCUGGUGCGCAGGGGGCCGCAGCAGGGCCUGGGGAUGUGGGCCCAGGCUCUGGGGCAGGCCCCGUCCUGCAGUUCUUCACCCGCCUGAGGCGUCAUGCUAGCCUGGACGGGGCCAGCCCCUACUUCAAGGUCAAGAAAUGGAAACUGGAGCCCAGCCAGCGGGCAUCCAGUCUGGACACAAGAGGCUCCCCCAAGCGACACCACUUCCAGCGGCAGCGGGCGGCCAGCGAGAGCAUGGAGCAGGAGGAAGGAGAUGCCCCCCACAUGGACUUCAUCCAGUAUAUUGCCAGUGCGGGCGACACCAUGGUCUUCCCAAGCCCCUGCCCCUUUCUGGCCAGCCCCACCAGCCCGCCCCCCAGUCUCGGCAGGCUAGAGGCAGCUGAGGAGGUGGGCGCCGCAGGAGGAGCGAGCCCUGAGUCCCCCCUGGAGCGCGGCAUCAUCACGGGGCCUGAACAGCUACAAGACUCAGAUGGAGAGCGAGACGCGGGGCUCGAGCAGGCUCCGACCAUCUACCGCGAUAUCUGGAGUUUGCGUGCCUCGCUCGAGCUGCACGCGGCUGCCUCCUCAGACCACAGCAGCAGCGGCAACGACCGUGACUCGGUGCGCAGUGGCGACAGCUCGGGCUCGGGCUCCGGGGGCGCCGCACCCGCCUUUCCACCGCCCUCGCCGCCGCCCACACCCAUGCCGCGGCCGGCGGAUGGAGAGACAGGCGGACCACGCAAGCUGCUGCAGAUGGACAGCGGCUAUGCCAGCAUCGAAGGCCGCGGCGCGGGGGAUGAUGGGCCCCCCAGCGCGCCUGAGAAGCGCUCCUCCUUUACGAGUGCAGGCCGUGAGGCCACCGUGGGCUGCAGCUUCGAGAGCUCCGCUCCAGAGACACCCGUCCGUCCCCGCAGCCCGCGUGCCUGGCCUCGCCGUGCCCCGCGCCGCGACUACAGCAUCGACGAGAAGACAGACGCGCUGUUCCACGAGUUUCUACGCCACGACCCGCACUUCGACGAUGCCCCGUCUGCCACAGCGCGCCAUAGGGCGCGCGCGCACCCGCACCCCCAUGCACGCAAACAGUGGCAGCAGCGGGGCCGGCAGCACAGCGACCCUGGAGCACGUGCUGCGCCCCCCACCCCAUCGACAGCCCAAUCUGGUGCCCCCCGCCCCGCACGCGCACCCCUGCGCCGCGGAGACAGUGUCGACUGCCCGCCCGACGGCAGAGCAGGCGACGACCCAGCCACAUCCUCCAUCCCCGUCAUCGAGGAGGAGCCCGGUGGUGGAUGCCCGGGGUCCGGCCUGUGUGCCGGGACCCCGGGUGCGCUGCUGGACAAGCUGGCGGCCACCUUCGACGACAGGCUCUUUCCGCCGCGGCUGGCCCAGCCGGUCGCCGUGGCCCCUGCCUUGGCCACGGCCGCGCCCACGUCCCCUGACCACAGCCCGGUCUAAGCCUGCGCCCCGCGCCCACCUCGUCAGCUUAUUCGGCACCGGCGGGGCCCCGGUGCCGGACAUACCUGGGGUGCGACGUCCCGGCACGCCUGCGCUGGGACCGCCGGCCUGGAGCACGAGCGCGGUUCCCCAGGCGCCCCAACGUGCGCACGCACAGUCCCUUCCAGGCACUUCGUAGAGUCGACUAGAGGGAGUGUGGCGGAUUCUCACCUUGGGGUCCCAAGGGCCACACUCAACUUCCCUUGGCCCCAGACUGUGGCCUCGGGGUGUUGAUGGGGGUUGCCAAGCGCACAGCGCCGCGUCUCUGGCGCAUAGCUACGGAAAGCGCAUGCACAGGGCUUGCAGCCAGCCGGGGUGAUACGGGCCAACUGCGCAACACGCAUGCGCACAGCGCCUCUCCCAGAGACCAAUGAAGCCUCGAGAUUUGCUCGAUGCGCACGCGCUGCAAUUCGCGCCAAGACACAUGCACAGGGACCGCAGGGUGUCAAAGCUCAAUCUCUUGAUUGAGCCGUCCCUGGCUAGGAGGUUAGCUCGAGGCCGCGGCCACCAACCCUUCGAAGCCGUUUACCUCACCGCGGCGAGUGCUCGCGGCAGUCCGCACCCCCACACACACCCCCGAGCAAUAACCGCUGCCGCCGCCCCCAGCCCUGCACACGCCUCCCACCUC